UCUUUCCUCAUUCGUCACUUCCGCCAGGCGGCUACGUACUGCGCUCAUGCACGUGAAGACGUAACGCCACAGUCUCGCAAGAUGAGAUUUGUGCUAUCGGGAUUAGCUGUCGGGUAGGAGCCAAGGAGCUAGGUAUUAUUUGUUUGUGGGAGCUGAAGCAGCUAACCGCGUCUGUCCCAAAGCGGAACUAUUGGACGGUAUGGAUAAGGUGCGGUGUCUAAUUGUAGCCCAUAACUGAAUCUCUCAUAAAGCAUUAAUGAUUUUGUCUGCAAUUUGAAAAAUGGGGGAUGCUGCCAAACAAGUCAAACACCAUGCAAUAAUGGAUGAAGAAGAAUACAAAAGGCCUGUUGUCAAACAGUCAAUUGGAAACCACGAAAUACAUGGAGUUAAGAAAAUACAAGUGGACUCUCAAAGAAAGCCAAUUCCGGUCAUCUGCAGCAACAGUCCCAGAAAUGGGCUACAUCAGAGCACUUUUAAGAAUUACAGUCGCAGUCCUAAUAGCCGACCAAGCAAUAUUCAUAAAGAUGGACAUAAGAGAUGGCUUACCGACGUUCCUCGUAGUCACUCUGAUAACUGGAGAGAUCGGAAGCACCAGCCAUUUAAUCGAACAAGGAACGAUUCCACCAAUGAGCAAGAAGAGGCUCAGAACUGGAGGCGUGAUGGAGGUGAGCGAAGCAAUGAAAGUGGGAGGAGACAUAAUCAGAAGGGGAUUACAAGUAAAGAUUAUGUUGAUGGACACACUGGAGUAGCUGACACUUUUAAACAGGAGAAGAAAAGAUUUGACAGAAGAAGAUGUAAAUCUGAGCGAGAUGAAGAAGAUUAUAUUGAGAGCCCUGUUAUAGAUGAAUCAGCUCUAUCUCAGAAGGACUUGUUGGGCUUGCAACAAGCAGAGGAGCGUCUAAAAAGAGACUGCAUUUACAGGCUCAAAAGGCGUCCACGGAAAUACCCCACUGCUGUUUAUUGCUGUAAGCUUUGCGAUGCUUUGGUUGAGUCUGUGUCAUCUGCUCAUAAGCAUAUUAAAGAAAAAAGGCAUAAGAGAAAUCUGAGGGAAAAAAAAGAGGAGGAACUAUUGACCAAUCUGCCACCACCAGAUGAUCUUCAGGCUGAAGCAGUUACUGCAGCUAUAUGUAAAAUUGUUCAUGAGCAUGGUCUGGAUGAACAUGAUGUGGCAAGAAGAUGUACGAUUGUAGAAGCUAUGGAAAAUCUAAUUCAGAAAAAGCUCCCAGGUUGCUCACUCAGGCUGUAUGGCUCAUCCUGGACUCGAUUUGGUUUCAAGAAUUCUGAUCUGAACAUAGACAUUCAGUUUCCUAUAAAUAUGAAUCAACCUGAUGUUCUUUUACUGGUUCAAGAAAGUCUGAAGCAGAGUGAUUUGUUCACAGACUUUGAAGCCGAUUUUCAUGCAAGAGUGCCUGUAGUGGUUUGUCGAGAAAAGCAAAGUUCCCUUUUAUGUAAAGUGAGUGCUGGCAAUGAAAAUGCUUGCUUGACAUCCAACCUUAUGGCUGCUCUGGGGAAACUGGAACCAAGACUUCUGUCUUUAGUAGUUGCUUUUCGAUACUGGGCGAAGCUUUGCUGCAUUGACAAACCUGAAGAAGGGGGGUUGCCUCCAUAUGUACUUGCUUUAAUGGCAAUAUUCUUCUUGCAACAACGAAAACAACCAGUUCUACCUGUGUAUUUGGGAGCUUGGAUUGAAGAUUUUUCUGUUUCCCAACUGGCAAAAUACACUCUCCUUGACACUGAAAAGGAUUAUGUGGUGUGGGAGUGCAAUACUGCAGCUGACAGGGAGAUUCAUCCCAAUGAAGAAUCUGUUAGGGGCAAGUCUCCCUUAGUUUUUUCUGCACCUCACCAAUGUAUAGCAUCCACUGGCCAUCUGUGGAUUGACAUGCUCAGGUUCUAUUCACUGGAAUUUAACAUGGCAGAUCUAGUUAUAAGCAUUCGUGUCAAAGAGAAGAUUUCUAGGGAAUCUAAGGACUGGCCCAAAAAGCGUAUUGCUGUAGAAGAUCCUUACUCUGUAAAAAGAAAUGUGGCAAGGUCCUUGAAUAGUCAGUUAAUGUAUGACUACAUCUUUCAUUGUUUGAGGGCAACUUACAAAUAUUUUGCCAUGCACCAGAAGAGGUCUACAAAAGCCAGUCAAAAGCAUACCACACAAUCUGGUGCAAUUGCAGAUAACCCCAGCGAGUCUUCUUUAAAUGCCCUAAAUGAAGCUAAAGGUGUAGAUAGGAUGGCAGGCCUAAAUAAGCAACUAGAAGAGUUAGUAAUUGGAACAGACUCUCCUAGAGCGUCAGUGCAGAAUAACCAGAAGUUCCAUCAGAGUCCAAGCUGCAAGGAGGUUGAUAAAGCUUAUGGCCAAACCAAGAGAAAACUUGUGUAUGACACAAUGAGCACUAACAGUGUCCCUGAGGACCCUGACUGCAUUAUCGAAGAAAUUAUUUCAUGCGACCCUGAGGAUUCUGUUGAAAGUUGCGAGGAGGUAGAAAGCUGCAAUGAUGAAUCUGAAGAGGAGGAUUUUCCUAUGCAUGUUCCCACAAAAGAUAGUAAAGUGGAUUAUAUCAUUGAUCCAGGUUUGGAUGAAGAUAGUGAGACUGGGGAGGUACUUAGAGCAGCUAAUGAAGAGACUGAUAGUUUGUCUGACGUGGAAGAAUUUACUAAUGCUGCUUUACCAGAGCCUGAAGACUUUGUUUUUGAUAGUGGAGGCACCCAAAAUGUAGUGGAUGAGGAGAGCACAGAAGGCACAGAUGAACUUGAAGAAAUUCCAAGUGAGUUUAUUACACAAACAAUGAAGCAGGCAACAUCAAAUAAGUUUGAUGAUGAGGAGGAAGAUGAUGGUGACGAUGAUAUUCAUUAUCCUAGAGACCAUCUGGAUAGCCUAACUGCUGAUGAGGAUAUGGAGCAUACAUACACUGGCUCAAUGGAUGAAUGCUUGUCUGAUAAUGAUGCAGAGGAAGAUGAUAAAGAACCGCCUGAUUAUGUUGUUCCUUCAGUAAAGCCUCUGCCUGUAACAGAGAACUUUGACAAACAAGAACCUGUACAAACUGAGAUUGUAGACACAGUGGCAGAAGAUAAUGUUUUGCUUUAUGAAUUCAACAAACUGGCUUUCACUAGAGGCAAGCUGCCGACAAUUGUGUGCAAUUUAUGUAAGAGAGAAGGCCACCUAAAAAGAGAAUGCCCAGAAGAUUUUAAAAAAAUUGAGCUUGAUCCUUUACCUCCUCUUACAUCCAAAUUCCGAAAGAUACUGGAUGCAGUUUGUAUUCAGUGCUAUGAGGAUUUUUCUCCUACUGCCCUUGAGGACAAAGCACGUGAACACAUUCGCCAGGAUUUAGAAGAUUUUAUCAAGAGGGAUUUUUCAGGAGCCAGUCUUACUUUAUUUGGCUCUUCAAAGAAUGGCUUUGGCUUCAAACAGAGUGACCUUGAUAUCUGCAUGACUAUUGAUGGUCUUGAAACUGCUGAGGAGCUGGAUAGCAUCAGAACUAUUGAAGAUCUGGCUAGACUCCUCAGAAAGCAUCAAGGAUUAAGAAAUAUCCUGCCAAUUACCACAGCAAAAGUACCAAUAGUAAAAUUUUAUCAUGUAAGGAGUGGCCUUGAAGGAGAUAUCAGUUUGUACAACACAUUGGCCCUUCAUAACACCCGACUUUUAGCAUCUUUUGCAGCCAUUGACCCAAGGGUGACGUACCUUUGCUACAUCAUGAAAGUUUUUACUAAAAUGUGUGACAUUGGUGAUGCUUCCAGAGGCAGUCUGUCCUCUUAUGCAUACACCCUUAUGGUGCUAUACUUCCUUCAGCAGAGAAACCCUCCUGUUAUACCUGUCCUACAAGAGAUCUGCAAAGGACAGAAGAAGCCUGAAAUAAUUGUUGAUGGCUGGAAUGUGUACUUUUUUGACAAACUGGAUGAGCUGGCAAGUCAUUGGCCAGAAUUUGGGCAAAACAAGGAAUCUGUUGGUGAAUUGUGGUUGGGCCUUCUCCGCUUCUACACAGAAGAUUUUGAUUUCAAAGAACAUGUCAUCUCUAUCAGAAGAAAAAACCUGCUGACAACCUUCAAAAAACAGUGGACCUCCAAGUAUAUAGUUAUUGAAGACCCUUUUGACUUAAAUCACAACCUUGGAGCUGGCUUGUCAAGAAAGAUGACAAACUUUAUAAUGAAGGCAUUUAUCAAUGGAAGGCGUGUGUUUGGCACCCCAGUGAAAAAUUUCCCCAAGGAAUAUCCAACCAAAAUGGAAUAUUUUUUUGAUCCUGAAGUAUUGACUGAAGGUGAACUUGCUCCCAAUGACCGAUGCUGCAGAAUUUGUGGUAAAAUUGGCCACUUUAUGAAAGACUGUCCCAUGAGAAGAAAAGUGAGAAGGCGGAAGAACGAGAACGCUGGAAACCAAAGAUACCCCGAGACAAGAAAUCAACGAAUGACAGAGGAAGCUGCUAGUAAAGGUGCUGAAAAUGAGACCUCACGAUUGGAUGGAAAGCAAACUUCCAAUACCCCAAAAAAACCUAAGCAGGGAGCAAGAGGAGCUAAUGAGGCUAAUAGAGAGAAACCUCAGAGGCUACCCACAGAAAAAUGGAGGAGAUCAGAAGACAGAGAACCGAGGGAGAAACGCUGCUUCCUAUGUGGGAAGGAAGAUCACAUAAAGAAAGAAUGUCCACAGUACAAAGGUGCAGUAGGUAGCCCUAAGGCCGAUGUUUUGUGUGGCUCUCCAUCUACACCAAGCCCACUGAAAUAUCCGGUUAGAGUAAUUCAGGCAGCACAAGUGCAAGAUGAGCAAAAGAAGCAGAAAAUGUUUUUGAGUCCUCAACAAGGUAGUCUUUCCAGUAAAUACAUGACUCAGGGAAAAGCCAAUCAGAAGUGAUCUCGGCAAGAUUCUUGAGGGCAGAACAUCCAAGAUGGAGCAUUAGGCCGUCCGCGUGUAAGCCAACAUACAGAUCUGAAAUGAAGUUUACUCAUCCAGGCUCACGGGACAGCAGCAAUGAACAGACAAUGGACUUGCUUAAUAAAAUGUUUUAUUUUGUUAUGAUGUGAUUUUGAAAUUGAAAAGAAUUGUGUUUUAAUGCAGUCCUCUUACCAUGGAUACCUGUUCUUAAUUUAUUUUUAUUUGAGCAUUUUAACAGAGCCAUGAUGUGUUGUAUUUGUGUAGUAAAGUGGGUUAAUUACCAAAAAACUUUUAGGCAAAUGACACACAGGGCAUUUUGUUACCCACGUUUUCGCAUAGCAUAUAGUGUAAAUCGCCUGAGGUAAAAUACUUUUAAUCGCACAAAAAUGCUAUCUCACCUAUUUUUCGUGAGUAGGCAAUUUAGUCUUUUACCUCAGCCGAUUUAUAUUGUCUACUAUGGAAAGGAAUUUUUGGGCAUUUUGUCACCAUAACAGAGAACAGGAAACAGCACACCCUGUCUGUCAUAGCCCUUAGAAUAGAAUUCCCCCCCCCCCCCCUGGUUUUAAUUGAUAAAAACAAAUGACCCACAAGCCCUUUUGGGUGAUGGCACAUGUAUAGAUUAGUCGGCAGUGAUAAAUCUCCUCUACCACAGGCAACUAAUCUCCAGCAAAUGAUUUCCCACCGGCAAUAUAAAUCGAUGGUGGGAAAACAUACAUGGUGGCUUCUGGAGCUGCUUUGCAAGGUGGGAAAGCAUUUCAGGAGAUUAGUUGCCCGCAGUAGAGCAGAAUUAUAGCAGACGACUUAUCCCCAUGUGUACCAUCGCCCUUAUACUUGGUAUACCUCUUAAAGGGUAAAUACUAUUUAUUGUUGUUUGUUUACAGAAUCAUUGUGUAGAAUUGUUUGUGGACUGCUGCUGUAUUUACAGACAUGAUUUUAUUGUCAAAUCUUAUCUGGCAGAAGCCUCAGUUAUAAGUCACCUUUUUAUGUAAAUAACGGAAUGGAUAAAACAACCACUUUUCUUUUAAUUUUAUUUUUAGCCUAUGAUCCUUUGUCUGGACGUAAUUUUGUUUUAACACUUAAAUCACCAAAUACUGCCCUUGGUUUAUUUGCUACGGAAGCGGGUUUGUUUUUGUUUAGUUUUUUUUUUUAAUGCUGCUAAAAACGAUUUUCCCUUAGUCAGUGUAAAUGUGACCGCGGGAAGUGGUGUUUGCGUGUACGCGUGCGUUAGACGAAAAAAAAAAAGUUGAAAUCUGGAUUUGAAUGAAAAAUUACCAACAUUUUGCAUUUACCAACUUGUAUAUCCAUUGUGAAUACUUUUGGUUUUUUCAAAUGAACCCAUAUUUUCUUUUUCAAUAGAAAUUGCAAAAUUUUGGAAUGGAUAAAUGGGGCAAUGAAAGAUUAGCGUUAGGUGCUGCUGCAAGGGUCUGUGCCGAGCGGUUUGCUUUGCAGCGUAAGGAAGGUACCUUCACCAGAGGCCUUAACACCUAAUAAUUAUUAAUUUUUAUUUUUUUUUGGUUACACACAGUCAUCAUGGACACAAGAUGCAAUUCUUCAUUUGUUUUUAUGUAUUUUCUCCUCCUACAUUUUUAAUGCAACUGCGUUGUUUUAAACAUUGUAAAUCCAUAAUUGCAGUAUUCUUGUACCAUAUCUGAUUUUGUGUGUGCUGAUACCCUUUUGGGAAACAAGCAAAUUAAAAUCUUUGUGCUUCCAUGGCCAUUA